CACCUGGGAGAUAAUUGGGGCUGAUCACACAGAAGGGUGUAGGAAAAGGCUAGGAAAUACUUAAGCUCGUUUUGCAGCUACUUUGAGCUCUUAGGAAAUGAAUGAUUCUUGUAUAGCAGCAGCCUGGAGAUUUCUGCAUAUACAAAGGAGCGGUACAACUCAUGAUGGAAGAGCAAAACAUUACCACAGAAGUCCCAGCAGCCCUAAAGCGCCUGGCCAAAUACAUAGCGAGGGGUUUCUAUGGAGUAGAGUACUCCCUGGCUGUGGAUGUACUGACCCGCUACCCCUGUGUGAAAGAGGAUGACUUGUUACAGCUGCUCAAGUACGAACGCAAACAGCUGCGCACUGUUCUCAACACACUCAAGGCAGACAAGUUUGUGAAGCUGCGUAUGCGAGUUGAAACAGGGCCUAAUGGGAAGAGCACAAGGCACAACUACUAUUACAUCAAUUAUAAGGUGCUGGUGGAUGUGAUAAAAUACAAACUGGACCAUGUGCGGAGGAAGAUAGAAGCAGAUGAGCGAGAUUCAACUAGCAGGUCCUCCUUUAAAUGUCCAUCUUGUUCUAGCACAUACACAGACCUGGAGGUCAAUCAACUCUUUGAUGUAUUUACAGAGACUUUCCGUUGUACUUACUGCAAUACUGAAGUAGAGGAAGAUGCCUCAGCACUGCCUAAGCAAGAUGCUCGAACCUUGCUAGCAAAAUUCAAUGAGCAGAUGGAACCUAUCUUUGUGCUACUGCGUGAGACUGAAGAUACUGUUCUGCCAUACGACUUGUUGGAACCUCAGCCAACAGCAAUCCCAGGGAUAUCGGAAAGCUUUGACCAGAAGGUAUGUUCAAGCAUGCUGGAACCCUGCAGUAGACCUGAAAAAUGGGCCACCAAACAUUCCUCUUUUGGCAAUACAUAUACUCAAAACUUAAUUAUUGAUGUCCAAGAUUCUGAGCGCAAGAAGAAAAAGAAAGAAAAAGAAACUAAAGAGCAACCUAUCUGGAUGUCAGAGAGCACUGUGGAAGGAGCAACAACAUCUACCAUCAAUAAUGCUGGAACAAAUGCUUCUGAAGAAGCAGAAGAAGCUGUUAAAGAAACUGUCACUGAGGAUGAAAUCAUCAAGACUCUUCUCAUCCAUGAAUCCAUGAAGUCACUGUCCAGCACGGACUAUGCCCCUGCUGUCAAAAGCAAAUUACCUGAAUCAGGCAGUGACACUGAGUCUGAAAAUGCCAAACACGCAAGUACAGUAACAACAAAAUUAGCAGGCAGCGAGUUUGAACAAGAGGAAGAGCAAGAAUCACUAGAUCCUAUUUUAAUGGUAGCUGCUCAGCCUUACACAUAUGGUGAAAUUAGUGAAAAUCCAGAGCUUGUGUCUCUCAUGACAAAUGAAGAGAGAGAAGCUUAUAUAAAAGUUGGACAAGAAAUGUUCCAGUCUGUGUUUGAGUAAAUACUAUUGCACUGAAUAUACAUGCCUGUAGAGAAUGGGUAAAGUUUUUGUUUGGAUUAAGGCAAGGUUAGCUUGAUUAUUUAACUCAGGUUCUUAAAUUUAUCACUGAGUUAUGUUUUGUUUGGAUGCCUUCUCUUAGCAAGAAAUAUUAACUGUAGGAGGUAACUACAGUUCAAAACACUAGCACUGCAGAAAAAGAGCCCAAAGUUACUAUAGGUUUUCUGUUAUUUUAGUGCUUAGAUUUUUUGUGAAUGCUUUAAUCAGUAAUUCUGCAGCAUAAAUAAUUCCAAAAUGCAACUGAAUAUUGUGAUCUGAUU